UAUUUAGCGAUAAGCAGCCGUGAAAGACACGGAAGGAUAUGAGAGGCUCGUGAUGAACAGAAGCAUAAGAAGAAGAUCAAUGUCUUAAUCUGACAAUAUUUUAUAAAAACACACAGAAUUAGUCGUUUUAAGUUAAUUACUAAUAAAGUUUUUUAGCGGUAAUCUAAAAUAAUUUUGAUUUUACCAUCUUCGUUCUCAUUCUUCUGCUCCCUUUUAUAUAUCACAAACAUCUCUCUUCUCAAUCUUCUUCACUAACUCUUCUUCUUCAUUCUCUGUGAUUCUUCUGAGAGGCGAUUAAUAUUUUGGUAUUGAAGAAGAUGUCACAUUAUAGAAGACAUUCGCUAGAACCUUCCAUUACCACUAAAUUCCGUGAUUCUUUGAAUUUCCAACGAGACGAUGACGUCAUCGACAAACCCGAUUUUCGAGAACUCGAUUUUGCUUCUCCCAUUUCUCCGUUGAGGCCACGUGGCUCCUCCUCCGCCGCUGCGACUCCUGCCCCUAGUGGCAGCAGUUCAAGCUCCUCUGGUUCUGCUUCCGGCAAACAGGCAGUCACUUCUCAGUUUGCUAGACGGAGUCACUCCGGCGAGUUUUCUGGUUUAAGCGAGACCAGUCCGGUUAAACCCGGAUCCAGAAACGUUAACCGGAGUCUGAAACCGGGUCACAGAAGAUCCGCUUCUGCUGGAACGCCGUUGAUUUAUUCCGGUUUGGGGUUCUCUCCGGUGAACAAUAACAGUUCUCGCGGCGGAGGAAGCGGGGCUACCUCGCCGAAUCCCGGCGUUUUACCUACCGGAAACAUUUGUCCGUCGGGGAGGAUUAUGAAAACCGGAAUGGCUACACGAGCCUCUGUUAGACCGGAGACUCUAUGCACAGGCACGGCAAACUACGGCCACGGAAACAUCAUCCGCAGCGGCGGAAAGGUGAGUCACGCGACGAAAGCGGCGGCGGAAAUGGGAGACUCAGAGGAGGCGAAGAAGGCAGGUAACGAAAUGUAUAGGAAAGGGAAUUACGCUGAGGCAUUGGCUCUUUACGACAGAGCAAUCUCAUUGUCACCGGAGAAUCCAGCUUACAGAAGCAAUCGCGCGGCGGCGUUGGCUGCGUCAGGGAGGUUAGAAGAAGCUGUUAAAGAAUGCCUUGAAGCUGUGAGAUUCGAUCCUUCUUACGCUAGAGCUCACCAGAGACUCGCUUCUCUCUAUCUCAGAUUGGGAGAAGCUGAGAAUGCGAGACGUCAUCUUUUUUUUUCCGGGCAAUGUCCCGAUCAAGCCGAUUUGCGGAGGUUGCAGACGCUUGAGAAACAUCUCAGGCUGUGUACAGAAGCUCGAAAGAUCGGUGAUUGGAGAACGGUAAUUAGCGAAAUCGAUGCAGCCAUUGCAAAUGGAGCUGAUUCUUCUCCUCAGCUUGUAGCUUGUAAAGCAGAAGCCUUUUUGCGGCUUCAUCAGAUAAAGGAUUCAGAUUUGUGUCUGUCUAAUAUUCCGAGGAUGGAUCAUCAUCAUACUCAAUCACCUGCGAAACUGUUUGGUAUGACAUGUGAUGCUUAUGUGCUCUGUGUUCAAGCUCAAGUUGAUAUGGCGUUAGGAAGAUUUGAGAGUGCGGUUGUGAAGGCGGAGAGAGCCAUGACGAUUGAUCAUAGCAAUAAUCCCGAGGUAGUAUCGGUCUUAAACAAUGUGAAGAAUUUGGCAAAAGCUCGUACCCGUGGAAACGAGCUCUUUAGUUCAAGGAGAUACUCGGAGGCGAGUGUGGCUUAUGGGGAUGGACUCAAGUUCGAUGCUUUCAACUCGGUUUUGUAUUGUAAUAGAGCGGCAUGUUGGUUUAAACUCGGUAUGUGGGAGAAAUCUGUUGAUGAUUGUAAUCAAGCUCUAAGAAUCCAGCCUAGUUACACCAAAGCUCUUCUCCGAAGAGCUGCUUCAUAUGGAAAGCUUGGCCGAUGGGAGGAUGCGGUUAGAGAUUAUGAAGUAUUGAGAAAGGAACUUCCAGGAGACAGCGAGGUUGCCGAGUCUUUACAGAGAGCAAGGACUGCUCUAUCGAACAAAUCUGAAGAACUUAAAUACCUGGGAUUCAAUAAUGAAGUUGAAGAAGUUUCGACUAUAGAUAAGUUUAAGACCGCAACAUCACUACCCGGAAUCUCUGUGUUUCAUUUCAAAUCAUCAUCAAACCGACAAAGCGAAGCAAUAUCUCCAUUUGUCAACACCUUAUGCUUACGGUAUCCAUUAGUACAUUUCUUCAAGGUGGACGUGGAGGAGAGCUUGGCAUUGGCAAAAGCAGAGAGCAUCAAGAAAGUCCCAACCUUUAAGAUCUUUAAGAAGGGAGAGAAAGUGAAGGAAAUGGUGUGUCCUAGUCAUCAGUUACUAGAGGACUCGGUCACGCAUUUCCUCUUAUAACAUAUCUCUCUUCUCAUUCUUUUUUUCUUUCAAAUCUUUAGUCUUCACGAACGUAAAUUGAUUCAAAGAGCCAUUUGUUAAUUGAAAUUUUCAUUCUUUUUUUUUUGUUUCACUGUAUUAUCAUAUUGAAACCUGCUCCGAUUGUAUCAAUCUGAGGAAAAUGCAUGCUUCUCAUUCAUGCAAAAAUGCCCCAAUUCAAUGGUUCAUUUGAUUUUUUACU